AUGGAGAAUGGAGAAACUAGAAGAGUUUCAGUUGAGGCAGAGGAAAACAGGGGAAGGAAUAAUCUUCCUAAUUUUCUUUCAUCUGUUAGGCUCAAAUAUGUGAAACUUGGGUACCAUUACUUGAUUUCCCAUGCCAUGUAUUUGUUGUUGAUUCCUCUGUUAGGUGCCGUUUCAGUUCAGCUUUCUACAGUUACUGUGGAAGAUUUAGUCUUGUUAUGGGAGCAGCUAAGAUUCAACCUUGUUUCAGUGGUACUCUGUUCUGCUCUGUUGGUUUUUCUGGGUACUCUGUACCUAAUGACUCGGCCUGGGAAAGUUUAUUUGGUUGAUUUUGCAUGUUACAAGCCCGGACCGGAAGCCGUGUUCCCGAAAGAGAUUUUCUUGGAGAGAUCGAAACAACAUGGGACUUUCACUGAAGAGAAUUUGGCGUUUCAGAAGAAGAUUGUUGAGAGGUCUGGUUUGGGGGAGAAGACUUAUGUCCCUGAAGCCCUUUUGCAAAUUCCAUUCAAUCCUUGUAUGGAAGCAGCUAGGAAAGAAGCUGAGAUGGUUAUGUUUGGUGCUAUUGAUCAGCUGUUGGAGAAAACAGGGGUGAAGGCCAAAGAUAUUGGGAUUCUUGUGGUGAAUUGCAGCUUGUUUUGUCCAACUCCAUCUCUUUCUGCCAUGAUUGUGAAUCAUUACAAACUCAGGGGAAAUAUUUUGAGCUAUAAUCUUGGUGGCAUGGGUUGUAGUGCUGGACUAAUCUCAAUAGAUCUUGCCAAACAACUUUUACAGGUUCAUCCAAACUCAUAUGCAUUGGUAGUGAGCAUGGAGAACAUCACAUUGAAUUGGUACUUUGGAAACAACAGAUCAAUGCUCGUCUCGAAUUGUAUUUUCAGAAUGGGAGGAGCUGCAAUUUUGCUGUCUAACAAAUCAUCUGAUCGAAGAAGAUCAAAAUACCAGCUAAUUCACACGGUUCGAACCCACAAAGGCGCCGACGACAGAAGUUAUGGUUGUGUAUUCCAGGAAGAAGAUGAAAACAAGAAAGUAGGAGUGGCCCUUUCAAAAGACCUAAUGGCAGUAGCAGGGGAAGCCUUAAAAACCAACAUCACAACUUUAGGACCAUUAGUCCUACCAAUGUCAGAACAGCUCUUGUUCUUCUUAACUCUAGUUGGGAGAAAGGUUUUCAACAUGAAAAUCAAGCCAUAUAUUCCCGAUUUCAAACUCGCAUUUGAUCAUUUCUGCAUUCAUGCUGGAGGCAGAGCCGUGUUGGAUGAAAUUGAGAAGAAUUUAAGCCUCAGUGAAUGGCAUAUGGAGCCAUCAAGAAUGACACUUUAUAGAUUUGGCAACACUUCAAGCAGUUCAUUAUGUGCAGUUUGGAAGGCAUUGAAGACCAUCAAUCCAGCUAAAGAGAAGAAUCCAUGGAUGGAUGAAAUUGAUGAGUUCCCUGUUGAUGUUCUUAGAGGGUAA